UUUACGCUAAAAUGUCUCUCAAAUGGAUACUCUGGCUAUCAAAGGUGAAUCAGCACAUGUCAUACUGGAAAUUACUGCUCAUACUACUGUGGCUGCUUUCAUCAUGGUCAGAUCAUGCAGAUGCCAACGACCAAUCGGGGAAUAUGACUUGUUAUAGUGGCGAAAAUUGUGUUAUAACCUGGACAGAUGACGUUCCUCCAUUCAUUGUCGUUGAAUGGUAUUUCAACGACACACAGAUUGCCCAGUCGUACAAUGAAUCAUUGUCACAGGACACACUGAUAAUCAACAAAAACUACAUGGGCCGUUUUCGACUGAAUAGGACUGACAGCGUUGGAUUUGAUAUAAAGGAUGUCAAGGAAAAUGACGCAGGGGAGUACAAAUGCGUCGUCACCUUGCAAGGCACUGGCGACGUGAAUGUACGGAAGUGCCUUUUAAAAGUAGAAGGUAAGGUUUAUGUUCCGCAAACGAAUAUCAGAAUGAAUUUUUAGAGUGAGUUAAAUCUAACAAUGCAUCUGCAAUAUAUAAUUCUUAUCACUAUAAAGUAUCGGUCUUCAAUACACAGACAAAUCAAACUGUACAGACUAUCAAUACGGAUAACUGUUAAGGACACAAAAAGAACUCCAAACCACCCAGUUUGCUAUUUCAACUUUCGAACUAUAGAUUGUAAAAUGGGUAAGCAGUGGCCAGAAACACUGAAAAAUAUAUACAAUGCCCAACAGUGAGACAACUAACAUUCUACGGAAGAAUAGCUGUUAAUUGAACAAUAAGAUAACACAAAAGAAGAUCUAAGUGAAAUACGUGCCCAGGUUUUAUUGAGCUACUAUCUAAAA